AUGUCAAGUAGUGAUUUAAAACCUCAAAAUACUAACAUGGAUCCACCUGCUACUGAUAAUAAUGACACCGGUGCUACACAGGGUUUCAAUAAAGUUCAUGGAGAUAUUGUUAAAGAAUUAUACAAAGAUCAAAAUCCACUAGUUGCUUUAGGUUUCAAGAAAUUUGAAGAAACUACUGGAAAAAGUAGAGAAACAUUAGUGUAUGGAAUUUGUGGUAUUGUUGGUUUAUAUUUAUGUCUUGGAUCAGCUGCUCAACUUUUAUGUAACAUUAUUGGAUUUGGUUAUCCAUGUUACAAAUCUAUUAAAGCUGUCAAGACAGAAGAUAAAGAAGAUGACACAAGAUGGUUAAUGUAUUGGUGUGUAUUUGGAUGGCUCACAUGUAUUGACUUUUUUGCUGAUGGUCUAUUUGGUUGGUUUCCAUUAUACUAUUUGUUUAAGACAAUAUUCCUUCUUUAUCUUGCUCUUCCAUACACUGAUGGUGCUGUUUAUUUCUACAAAAAGUAUGCUGAACCAAUUUAUGAAAAAAUCAAUGAAUUUUUUGAUAAAAAAACUAACUGA